GUGCUAUUAGCAUCAGCAUGUGAACCAUCUCAGAGCAAAUGCAAAUGGAGACGACGGUGGAAGAUACGUUGUACCUGCAGCUGCACAAGCUCUCCGCCACAGAGGAAGCGGCACUCGACCAGUUGCUCUCCACUCUAUGGCAAACCAGGAAAACCGGCCUCCACUCUCCCCACCAAAAAUCCCACUUCCAAUCUCUCCUCCAUCUCCCUUCUCUCUCCCACCUCGACCCUGUUUUGGCAUGCCUUCGAUCGCUUAUCAGAAAAUGGGUACACGAGAACUUCACCGCCAACGACGUUUUGAAGCUGUUUCCGCCCGAUUUGCCACUCGAUUUGCAGAGCAGUUUGGUGUUGUUGCUCCAGAAGUAUCAGGUUCAGUGGAAGGACGAAGUAGCUACAGAACAGCGUUCAUUGCCAAGGGCUAGUGUUGCAUAUCAGGUCAAGGCGAAUGUGCCGCCGACCUUCACCUCUUUGGGUACCUCUGGCUCAUUAAAUGAUUUUGGAGCUUCAACAACGCCGAUUGUUUCUGCUACUGAUGCAUCUCAACUCACUUCCAUGCCUCCUGCAAACCUGGUGGGAAUUCUACCUCGCCUAAAGUCAAUGACUUGGACCAUGGAGAACUGUAACUCAGGGCCGGCUAAUAAAGUGGCCGUCAUCACUCUAAAGUUGCAAGAUUAUACCAAAUCUCCGUUAGAUGAAACGGAGGUGAAGUUUCAACUGACUAGGGACACUCUGGAAGCUAUGCUGAGAUCACUGACAUACAUUAAGGAACAACUCUCAAGCAUGGUCGGAGGAACUUCGGGGCCAUCACAGAAGAAGCAAAAGCAAUCGGAUCAUUUGGUUUGAUAUCGCUAAAUGUAUAGCUAACACGUCUAACAUCCCGAUAUGUUUGGAUACUAAGCGAAAUAGAUUUUGUUCUUCACCGUGACCAGUGAAUACAAAACUCUUACUGUACUUUCUUUUGUGAUACACUUUUAUAUGUCAGCUACUAAGUGAGAGUUUUGGAUUCGUGUAUAAGAUUUUAUUUUGUUUUAUUUA